ACAGUAGUAGAAGAAAUGGCGGAGAGAUGUGACUGAAAUUUUAGUUUUUUUUUGUGUUGUGUGUUUUUUUUAUAUAUUUAUAUGUAGUCUUUUUGAUUCCAUUUUAUUUUCUUGUGCGAAAUUUUUAGUGUUGGAAAUCGUGAGUAUACAAAAUCCGUGUCGAGUACCGUGACUCAGUCUAUACAAGUCCUGUGACAUUUUUGGUGAACGAAGAUCUUUAAAUAUCGGCACACUGGCGCACAUAAAUUAUUCGCAGUACAUGGGAGACAUUAUGGAUAUCCAAGAUUACAAACCGAUGGCAGCCGCUACUGACAGGUGGAUGUCUCAAACGAUUUUGACUGAAAGCGAACAGUCAUGCUGCGAUAAUAUCUAAACAGUAACAGUGAAAAAAGUGAACAGUGAAAACUAGUGACCCCAAAUCAAAUGUAAUGAAAAAAUGCCCGAACCGGACAGGACGCUGACCUUUUAAAAAAGCAGUGCACAAACAAAAUUUGAAAUGCGCGUGUGUGUUAGUGUCAGGUGGUUAUGAGGCGCGGGGGCAUACACGCCCCCCGCCUCUUAUCAGAUAAGGCACCGUGGCAGUGAACAGACGCCGUCGGGUUUCCAUCGUGACGAGGCUGCUGCAAGGCAACCCUCGGCCGCCGCCCGCCAUGCUGCACUCCCUGAACGCGCUCGCCGGCAAGAUAUCUCCGGGCGGCGGCCUCGACACGAAUGCGAACAGGCAUUCGCAGCCGAACAAGAACCACAAGCCGAGUUCGCCGUCCUCGCCGUAUUCGAAACCUGGGCUGAAUAUGAAUAUCAACAAUAACAACAACACCAGUAUAAACAAUAACAACAAUGACGAGAAACCAGACAUGCCCGAUCCCGAUUACAUCAAGAUGUUCGUCGGCCAGGUGCCCCGGAGCAUGGACGAGAAUGACCUGCGCAUCAUGUUCGAGGAGUUCGGCCGCGUGCAUCAGAUCAACGUGCUGCGGGACAAGAUCACCGGCGCCAGCAAAGGGUGCUGUUUUGUGACGUUUUUCACAAGGAAAGCGGCGUUGAAAGCGCAAGACGCUUUACACAAUAUCAAAACACUGAGCGGGAUGCACCAUCCUAUCCAGAUGAAGCCGGCUGAUAGCGAAAAUAGAAAUGAACGGAAACUGUUCGUGGGUAUGCUAAACAAGAAGUUGUCUGAGAACGACGUGCGCGCGCUGUUCGCCGGCCACGGCGCCAUCGAGGAGUGCACGGUGCUGCGAGAUGCGCAGGGGCAGAGCAAGGGCUGUGCCUUCGUGACCUUCGUGUCUAAGCAGGCGGCUAUUGCUGCCAUCAAGGCGCUGCACCACAGCCAAACAAUGGACGGAUGUUCCGCCCCCCUCGUAGUGAAAUUCGCAGACACGCAGAAAGAGAAGGAGCAGAAGAAGUUGCAGGCGAUGCAGGCCAGCCUGUGGAGCCUGACGGCGCCGGUGGCCCCCACGACGUACCUGGCGUCCGAGGCGGCGCUGUCGCCGACGCAGCUGCAGCUGCUGCAGCAGAUUCAAGCUGUCGGACUGCAACAGCAACUACUGCAGGGUCAGGGCUCGACGUUAUUACAAGGUGUAAACUACCCGGAGAUCGGGUUCGGCACGUCGGGGCUGGCGGCGGGCGCGGUGGGCGCGGAGCAGCUGGGCGGCAUGUUGGCGCCCGUGUCGGUGCAGAACCUGGCCGCGCUUGCCGCCAUGGCGCCGCCCGUCGUGUCGCAGGCGCCGGCCGCCGCGCCUCAGCCCGCGGCGCCGCAGUUAUGUCUUCUCGGAAAGACUAACAUCACAGGGUCAGCAGCGGAACCUCUGAACUCUGCGUACGCGGCUCAGUUCGGCACCGCGGCGUUCGCGGCCGCGCCGCUCGGCUCCGUGCUGGGCUCGGCCGCCGCCGCCGCCGCGGGCAAGCAGGUCGAAGGUCCGGAGGGCGGCAACCUGUUCAUCUAUCACCUGCCCCAGGAGUUCACGGACACGGACCUGGCGUCCACGUUCCUGCCCUUCGGCCACGUGAUUUCGGCCAAAGUAUUCAUAGACAAGCAGACCAAUCUGUCCAAAUGCUUCGGCUUCGUGUCGUACGACAACGCGCCGUCGGCGCAGGCCGCCAUCCAAGCCAUGAACGGCUUUCAAAUAGGUACAAAAAGACUCAAAGUUCAACUAAAACGAUCCAAAGAACUAUCUAGACCGUACUAAUAUUCCGAGACGGCGGUUCCUAGUGAAAAUUUAAAAAAAGGAACUAUCGCAAGGUUGUAAGAAUCUGAACGUUCGUUGUGAUGUAUCCGGUGCACCUGUACUGAACAGUAGUCCUAAGAUUCGAUGACAGAGUCCACGUGCACAGUUGUUAACUACUAAGUAUAAGGUUAAGGUUUGUGUCAAAGGAUUUAUCGUUUCCAAAGUAUUCCCCAAAUUGUUUAAUAUAUUAUUAUUGUGUAUGAUUUAAUAAGUUUUAGUCACAUUAAGCAUUAAGUUGAAUUCGUUUAGUAUCCAAUACAGUUUGAGGAUGCCAAAGAUCAGAUAAAAAGGUCAUUUAACAACCUUAUUGGGAGGUAUUGUGCUUGUAGCAUUGCGCCUCCCAUUUAAGUAUUCUAAGACAUUGCUUUCAAAUAUCAAAAUAAUUAUUUUGUUAUUACAUAUUAUUUUCCUUUAUUUCGUGUUACCAUUUUCAUAGUUUGUUUAUUAAAUGAUUUAAUCAUGAAUGUGGCCAUUUGCAGUGAAACAGUAAAGUAUUUUUUGUGUUAAAAUAUAAGGUGUUAGAAUAAUGAAGUGAUCUCACUGUGAUCAGUGUAUUGUUUACCUUGUUGUCAAUAACUUAUUCCUUUGUCCGACUCUACGAACAAAUAUAUAGAGAGUCUAAUUUAAAUGUCUUGAUAUCUCAAAUGGUGACCGUGAUUUCAGAAGCAAUUGUACCUAAUGUCUGUAAGAAAUAGUUUUUGUGGUAGGCCUGUAAUGUUAUUUUUGUUAUCAUUUAGUUUUAGUAAAAGCAGAGUUUCUGCCCCCACAAUAUGUGUUAAAACUUUAACUAAUUAAGGUAAUUUAUUACUAAAAGAUCACAUUUGAGAUGUCAAGCAGUUUCUAUCUUAUUGUCCUUGUUUGUGAUUAAUAAUCACCAGUCAACUAUCAAAUUGAUGUCACAUCGAACACUUGAUUUAGUGGAAAAUUUUCGUUAGCAUAAGUAUUUAAUGGUAGAUAUUUUACUUAGAAAAAUAUAUUUUUCUUGCGUAUAUCUUUUUCGAAUAAUUUCCUAAGACCACUGGCACUUUGUUUCUUUAGGGGGUUUUAUAAAAAUGUUACAAUUGUAUAUUUAGUUGUGGAGAAAAUUUAGUUAUUCACAACAAUACCCUAGUACUUACUCUAGUUAUACUGAAGAAAUUGUUUAAUAUAAUUUAUAGUUUGUGUAGUCAUUGCUAUAUGUUCCUCGCUCGUGUGCAUGUUUCUCCGCAACUUCAAAUACAAUCUGAAACGUCUUAAGUAGUCAUUUUCGUAAGUAUUAAUAUUUUUACUAUACUUUGAUAUAUAGCAUCCAAACGCUCAAUAGGUAUUUCAAAUUUUAAGAGAAAAUUAGUAUAAUUUAAAAAAUCUAUUUCAAAUUUAGACUAUUCGAGCCUGUGUAAUUAAUUUUGUGUCGUUCUGUUGCCUGUUCGGCUCAUGCCGAUGAGAAUAUCACGACCAUUACAUUACGUUACGGAUCCUAAGUUAUAAAAGCACUGAUGUAAGCAACCAUCAUUAUAAAUAAUUACUUAAAUUUAGUUGAGUAUUAAUUAAAUUGUAUUUAAAAUGUUAUUAUAGAGAUGGGUUUAUGAUAUAAUUUAGUCAUUUUUUGAUGUCUUAUAAAAGACGAUACGUAGACUGAAUAAGUUUCUUGUCUGCGCCUGCGAGUUCUCUCGCGGCCGACUUUUGUCUUUUUUUCUUUAUAAUUGUAAGGUAUAAAUUAUUAUAAAGGGUUGUAUUGUUAAAACAUUUGACAUCGGGAAUAUAUUUGUUGUGGGAAAGACGUGGCAAUCCUGGACACGACCGGUAGGCUAGCCUGUUGUUAAGGUGAUCUAGAUAAAUGUCUAAAGUUUAAGGCCAUUUUUUACCUACAUUUUCUAGGUAUAUAUAGACGGGAACUUAUGUCUGUGCGUUGGUGUCAGUUUGGGCUGGAUACGGAAAUAUAUUUUUAUAAAUGCUAUUCGUUAGUGUUAGCCUAUGCCUGGAUAAGUUUUUAAUCUUUGAUCAUGCUUUAAUAUAGUUAUGUACCUAGUGAAUACGCCACGGGAUGAGGGGAAAAUGGAAAACUUGUGGCACGGGGGUCCUUGACCAAUUUCCAAGCUGUACUUACGAUAUCAGUGUAAUCUCAAGUUGCGAUUUGUCUAUUUUUUAGAUGCUUCGUUGGAAUUUAAGUCGUAAGCUGUAAAGCUCAGUUUACCUUGACGCUUUAGCUUUGCUACAAUUGCAAUUUUACAGUGAGACCCCUGGGUAUCGACGGAUUGCCGUAGAGAAUUUCCGUCAAUAACGUAUUUAAUUGGUACAUAUUUUAAUUGUAAAAUUGAUAAAAUCGAUAACAAUCAUGAGCCUCUUUUAUUUUUCAUAAAGAGAAAAAAUAUAUUUCUUAAUUGCCAGCCCGGUUCAUACAGUUUUCAACAGAAAUCCUAAUUUUAAAACAUUUAUAGCUGUUUAUAUUUAAUUUAUUUAAAAAAAGUCUGUGUAACCAAUCAUUUUGCCAUAGCUUACCAAGCGAUAAUUCCUUUAAAAAAAUGUCCAAAAGGCUUUUUUGUUGAAGAAAAUUUAUGAACAAAAAUGUAUCAAUAGGGACAUUCUAAAAUUUAUUGUGACCAUUCCAUUGACUGAGAACAAAUACUGAACAAUCGACUAACGACUUUUGUAGUGUAUCAUCCUACUAUCUGUGGGAUUUUGUGAAAAGGAACGGGAUGGAACUGACGAGAAAGCGCGCUCUAUUUGAUAAAAUCAAUAAGCCACAUCGCUCAUUGGUCAAUUAAAAUUUGAUUGACCAAUGCGCGAUGUAGCCUAUUAUGAUGACCUGUCAGAUGUCCCUCUACCUAUGGAUGUUACAACAUAAUGACCCGGUUUUAUUACGAGAUUGUAAUUCAAAUGUUUACCCAUUUGAAAAUAGUUUUGUUUAAAAUUGUAACAAAACUUUAUUUUCAAUUUAUUUUUUUAAACAACGUAUAUGUACUCGAGUCACGGUACUUCAGACCCGCAUGUCUACAUUCAAACGCAAAAUUAUUUUUACACUAUUUUGAAGCACUUCCUUUAGUAGCUAUAUACAAUUGGUAUGAAAAAAAUAUUACCUAUAAAAAAACUGUUUUAUACAACACCCGUUUUGUUGAUAUGGAUGUAAAUAAAUGUCAAGUUAAAUUUG